AUGCCGAUCGAGAUCCAGACCCCGGAGGAGUUCAACGCCGCCAUCGGCGAGAAGCAGCUGACGGUCGUGCAGUUCUCUGCGCCGUGGUGCGGCGGCUGCAAGAUGGUGGCCCCCAAGGUGACGAAGCUGAUGGAGAGCGAGUUCUCGAGCGUCAAGUUCCUCAAGGUGAGCGCGGAGGAGCUGGAGGACUUCUGCGAGGAGAUCGACGUGGACAGCUUCCCGACGUUCCGCGUGUACAAGAACGGCGAGGUGGCCGCGUCGUACGUGAGCUCCAAGUUCGAGAAGGUGGAGGCGUUCAUCCGCGAGAACGCCAACUAA